AUAGUAUUUGCUGGCGAUUUGCGUGGCGUAAUUCAUACCACAAUGAUAUUAACCAACAAAAGCGAUUCACGACAAGCGUUCAAAGUAAAGUGCACACGCAAUGAUUUAUUUCGUAUAAGACCGGCUACAGGAAUUUUGGAUUAUGGACAGAGCAUUCAAAUAGAUAUUACUUACAGGUUCACACAGUUUCCUUGCCUUUUCGGCGCGUUCUGUGUGAUGACAUGUACUUUCGCCCAUCUUUCACCCGUAACUUUUAUGCGAAUUGCAGCUCACACGGAAGCUACCCUUUUCAGAUCCCAGUACAGCGGAAUCAACGUUAAUAUCAGCGAACCAAUCCUCUUUAGAUAUAACUUAUCAAAGUCCCGCCAGAUUUAA